AUUCCUGAACAAAAAAUACUUGUAACAAUUAGAGAAAUUUAACACGUACUUCCAGACUAACUGUCUCAGUCUGGCUGCCCCUUAAAGAUCUGUAGAACAUGGCUGCCGUCAGUAAUACUAUAAUACUUGUUCUAGUCUUUGCACUGCUCAAUGGAGCUUAUGCAGCAGCUCGACUGGGUAGUUAUAAUGUAGAUAAAAGCAAAAUAUCCGUCUCUGGUAUAUCAUCAGGCGGUUACUUUGCGGUUCAGUUUCACAUUGCUUAUUCAAAGACCCUUAUGGGAGCUGGAGUCGUUGCUGGAGGACCGUAUUAUUGUGCCGAAGGACAGCUUAAUACAGCAUUGACUUCUUGCAUGAAUAGACUCCUGCCUAGCCUAAUGGAUGUUGCUAAAUACGUUGAUAAAGUCCAUGAAGAUGCUAAAAAUGGAAAAAUAGAUGAUCCAACAAAUCUCUCAAAUGAUUUGAUAUAUUUGUAUUCUGGUACAAAGGACACUGUAGUUCGACCAGUUGUAAUGAAGUCACUGGAAAGGUUUUACGGUUAUCUUUUGAAUAAGAAUAACAUUGUAACGAUGUUCACUACACCAUCAGAGCAUGCAUUUGUUACUGACGAUUAUGGUAAUCUCUGCUCUUAUCUGGGGUCUCCUUUCAUCAAUAAUUGCCGCUAUCCCACGGCUUACAACAUAUUCAAGCAGAUAUAUGGGAGUGGGAUCCUCCCUGCUAAUAAAUCCAGUGCCAUUGAAAAGAAUCUGCUAGAGUUUGAGCAGUCCGAGUUCUUUUCCACUCAAAUGGACAAUAUUGGAUACAUCUAUGUCCCUACUGGAUGUCAGAGUAAUGCAACAGCUUGUAGACUACACAUUGCCUUCCAUGGCUGCAAGCAAGGAAGGGAAUACAUUGACACUACGUUUGCACUUCACUCCGGUUAUAGCGGACUAGCAGAAGUCAAUAACAUCAUCGUCGUGUUCCCUCAAAUACACAAAUCAAUACUAUCUAAUCCUAAUGGCUGCUGGGACUGGUGGGGCUACACAAACUCUGAUUACGUGAAUCAAGAUGGACCACAAAUGUCCGGAGUGAAAAAAAUUCUAGAUCGCGUUGCUAAUAUAUAAGAAGGAAGAACACUUCUGUUAUAUUAAAACUCUAUGUGUGUGUGUGUGUGUGUGUGUGGGUGUGUGCAUAUAUAUAAAACACAAUCAUACUUAAUUUUAUUUCAUUUAUUUUUAUUCUUAAUCAAUCAAGAGAUAGCUAUUAGCUAUAUGAUUCUCAUUUAAUAGCA